AUGUCGUUCAUGUCCAUACCACAUUAUCGCAUACUGGUAUUGAUACUUAUUUCUCACUCUAUACAGGAAGAUGAUUCAAUUCGACGAUUCCGUUACCUCCUCGGGUUAACCGACUUGUUCCGCCAUUUUAUUGACACUAAUCCUAACCCCCGGAUCAAGGAGAUCAUGGCCGAGAUCGAUCGCCAGAAUGAAGCCAAGUCAGGCUCGAGAAAAGGAGCUACUAGAAAAGGUGGUGCGGCAGGAGAACGCCGACGAAGGACAGAACAAGAAGAGGACGCGGAGCUUCUGAAGGAUGAGAAACGAGGAGGAAAGACUGAAACCGUCUUCCAGCAAUCGCCUUCAUUCAUUCAGGGAGGUGAAAUGCGUGAUUACCAGAUUGCUGGCCUGAACUGGCUGGUUUCGCUACACGAGAAUGGUAUCUCAGGCAUACUAGCCGACGAGAUGGGUCUUGGAAAGACUCUUCAGACCAUUUCCUUUUUGGGAUAUCUUCGACAUAUUUGCGGAAUCACAGGCCCUCAUCUCGUGGCUGUUCCGAAGUCAACUUUGGAUAAUUGGAAAAGGGAGUUUGGUAAAUGGACACCCGACGUCAACGUCUUGGUUUUGCAAGGAGCCAAGGAUGAACGCCACCAACUCAUUAACGAGCGCCUCGUCGAUGAGAAAUUCGAUGUGUGCAUCACCAGUUACGAGAUGAUCCUUAGGGAAAAGUCGCAUUUGAAGAAAUUCGCCUGGGAGUAUAUUAUUAUCGACGAGGCGCAUCGAAUUAAGAAUGAAGAGUCAUCCCUCUCACAGAUUAUUCGUGUGUUCAAGUCCAGAAACCGACUCUUGAUCACGGGAACCCCGCUGCAAAACAACCUUCACGAACUAUGGGCAUUGCUAAACUUUUUGCUCCCUGAUGUAUUCGGUGACUCUGAGGCCUUUGAUCAAUGGUUCUCUAACCAAGAGGCAGACCAGGACACAGUCGUUCAGCAGCUACACAGAGUACUUCGACCGUUUUUGCUGCGCCGAGUGAAAAGCGAUGUGGAGAAGAGCCUGCUCCCAAAGAAAGAACUCAAUCUUUAUGUCGGCAUGUCAGAGAUGCAAGUCAAAUGGUACCAGAAGAUUCUUGAAAAGGAUAUCGAUGCAGUCAAUGGCGCCCAGGGUAACAGGGAAUCCAAGACUAGACUUCUAAACAUUGUCAUGCAGCUCCGCAAGUGCUGCAACCACCCUUAUCUGUUCGAAGGAGCAGAGCCGGGCCCUCCUUAUACCACCGACGAGCAUCUUAUCGACAAUUCAGGAAAAAUGGUCAUUCUAGACAAGUUGCUCAAUCGUUUGUUUAAGCAAGGCAGCAGAGUGUUGAUCUUUUCACAAAUGAGUCGUGUUCUCGACAUUCUAGAGGACUACUGCGUUUUCAGGGGUCACGAAUACUGCAGAAUCGAUGGCUCAACUGCCCAUGAGGACCGUAUCCAGGCAAUUGACGAGUACAACCGCCCAGGCUCUGAGAAAUUUGUAUUUCUUCUGACCACGCGCGCUGGUGGACUGGGUAUUAACUUGACUACAGCCGAUAUCGUCAUUCUGUUUGACAGUGACUGGAAUCCUCAGGCCGAUCUUCAGGCUAUGGACCGAGCUCAUCGUAUCGGCCAGACUAAGCAGGUCGUUGUGUUUAGAUUUAUCACGGAGAAGGCCAUCGAAGAAAAGGUUCUAGAACGAGCAGCUCAAAAGCUUCGAUUGGACCAGCUCGUCAUUCAACAGGGUCGCGCUCAGCAACAAGCUAAGAAUGCGGCCUCCAAGGAUGAACUCUUAAGCAUGAUUCAGCACGGUGCUUCCGAUGUGUUUAGCUCUACUGGAGGCACCUUCGGCAGUGGCAAGGAUAUUUCCGAAGACGACAUUGAGGCCAUCCUAAAGAAAGGUGAAGAACGUACUGCUGAGCUCAAAAACAAAUAUGAAAAGCUCGGAAUUGAUGACCUUCAGAAGUUCUCUUCAGAAAAUGCCUAUGAAUGGAAUGGAAAGGACUUCACUAACCGCAAGAAAGACAUCGGUUUGAAUUGGAUCAACCCUGCAAAACGUGAGCGCAAAGACCAGUCAUAUACAAUUGGCAGCUUCUACAAGCAGACUUUCACAAAGCCUUCUGAACCUAAGCCUAAAGUACCUAAGGCGCCAAAACAGACUACUAUUCAUGACUGGCAAUUCUUCCCCCCUAAACUUCAAGAAUUGCAAGACAAAGAGACUGCAUACUUCCACAAGGAGAUUGGUUAUAAAGCUGCUUUGCCUGAAGGUCCUGAAGAGUCAGUUAGUGAUAGGGAAGCGGAACGUGAACUUGAACAGCAAGAGAUCGAUAAUGCUGUACCUCUAACCGCGGAAGAGCAAGAGGAAAAGGCCAAAUUAUCCGCAGAAGGGUUCUAUAACUGGAACCGACGAGACUUCCAGCAAUUCAUUAAUGGUUCGGCCAAGUUUGGACGUACCAAUUAUGAAGACAUGGCCACCGAAGUGGACAGCAAAACCCCUGAAGAGAUUAAAGAAUAUGCUAAAGUGUUCUGGAAGAGAUACACCGAGAUUCUCGAUUAUCCGAAAUAUAUCCGCAUUAUUGAACAGGGCGAAGAAAAGAUGAGGAGAAUGAAUCAACAACGCAAGCUCCUCCGCAAGAAAAUGGGACAAUACCGUGUUCCUCUCCAACAGCUGAAGAUCAACUAUACCGUCUCAACUACCAACAAGAAAGUAUACACAGAAGAAGAGGAUCGCUUUUUACUUGUUAUGCUUGACAGGCACGGUGUUGAUGGAGAAGGUCUAUAUGAGAAAAUCCGCGACGAAAUCCGGGAAAGCCCACUGUUCCGAUUCGACUGGUUCUUCCUAUCCCGUACCCCUGUUGAAAUUGGUCGAAGAUGUACCACCCUCCUGAACACAAUCGCUAAAGAGUUUGAAGGUGAUACUAAAGAAACGAAUGGAGACAACAAAGCCAAAGCACGCACACGGGAUGAAGAGACUGAAAACGGUGAUGAUACUGGCCCAGCAAAGAAGAAAUCAAAGGGAGCUGCUCCUGCAGUGAAUAAAAAACUUAAAGCUGUUCAGUCAAAUAGCAAAGCGACAUCAACAAAUACUUCUAGAGCCGGCAGCGUCUCAUCGUCUGGCCCAACCAAGAGCAAAUCAAAGAAGCGGUAG